UCAUGGCAGUGCCUUUUGUGGAAGACUGGGACUUGGUGCAAACCCUGGGAGAAGGUGCCUAUGGAGAAGUUCAACUUGCUGUGAAUAGAAGAACUGAAGAAGCAGUUGCAGUGAAGAUUGUGGACAUGAAGCGUGCCAUAGAUUGUCCAGAAAAUAUUAAGAAAGAGAUCUGUAUCAACAAAAUGCUAAAUCAUGAGAAUGUAGUGAAAUUCUAUGGCCAUAGAAGAGAAGGCAAUAUCCAGUAUCUGUUUCUGGAGUACUGUAGUGGGGGAGAACUUUUUGAUAGAAUAGAGCCAGACAUAGGCAUGCCUGAACAAGAUGCUCAGAGAUUCUUCCAUCAACUAAUGGCAGGGGUGAUUUAUCUUCAUGGUAUUGGAAUAACCCAUCGUGAUAUUAAGCCAGAAAAUCUCUUAUUGGAUGAAAGGGAUAACCUCAAAAUCUCUGACUUUGGCUUGGCAACAGUGUUUCGACAUAACAAUCGUGAACGUUUAUUAAACAAGAUGUGUGGUACUUUACCUUAUGUUGCUCCAGAACUUUUAAAGAGAAAAGAAUUUCAUGCAGAACCAGUUGAUGUUUGGUCCUGUGGAAUAGUCCUUACUGCAAUGUUGGCUGGAGAAUUGCCAUGGGACCAGCCCAGUGACAGUUGUCAAGAAUAUUUUGAUUGGAAAGAAAAAAAAACAUACCUCAACCCCUGGAAAAAAAUUGAUUCUGCUCCUCUAGCUCUGCUGCAUAAAAUCUUAGUCGAGAACCCAUCAGUAAGAAUUUCCAUCCCAGACAUUAAAAAAGACAGAUGGUACAACAAACCACUCAAGAAAGGAUCAAGGAGGCCUCAGGUCACUUCAGGAGGUGUAUCAGAGUCUCCAGGUGGAUUCUCUAAGCACAUUCAAUCCAAUUUGGACUUCCCUCCAGUAAGCUGUGCUUCUAGUGAAGAAAAUGUGAAGUACUCUAGUUCCCAGCCAGAACCACGAACAGGACUUUCCUUAUGGGACACCAGCUCCUCAUAUAUAGAUAAACUGGUACAAGGGAUCAGUUUUUCUCAACCUACAUGUCCUGAUCAUAUGCUUCUUAAUAGUCAGUUGCUUGGCACUCCAGGAUCCUCACAGAAUCCAUGGCAGCGCUUGGUCAAAAGAAUGACACGAUUCUUUACCAAAUUGGAUGCAGACAAAUCUUAUCAUUGCCUAAAAGAGACUUGUGAGAAGUUGGGCUAUCAGUGGAAGAAGAGUUGUGUGAAUCAGGUUACUGUAUCAACAACUGACAGGAGAAAUAAUAAAUUAAUAUUCAAAGUGAACUUGGUGGAAAUGAAUGAGAAGAUCUUGGUAGACUUCCGACUUUCUAAGGGUGAUGGACUGGAGUUCAAGAGACACUUUCUGAAGAUUAAAGGGAAGCUGAGUGAUGUUGUGAGCAACCAGAAGGUUUGGCUUCCUGCCACGUGAUAGAUCCAUUGGCUCUGGGGUUCUUGGUGAAUAUAAUCCUGCUAUGUUGACAUUAUUCUUCCUAGAGAAGAUGAUCCUAUUCUGCAAACUACAAAUCUAAAACAGUAGUUCCUGAAGAGAUUUCUUCUUUAUGCUAUCCAUACAUCUUCCACUUCAUUUGUUUGUUCUGCAUACAGAUAUUCCUAAAUCAUAAUUAUAAAUGCAACUCUGGGGAAGGAAUGGGUACAAGUAAUUUGAUAUUUCUUCUAAAGUAUUAGCUAAAUUUGAGACCCACGUUGUGGAAACCAAGUUUUGGGAGUUCACAAGCAUGAGUUUACAAGCUUUCAUAUCAUG